CCCCUGUUAUUUUAACUCGGGUUAAACAUGGAUUAAAUAUAUACUAGAGUUAAAACCUAUAUAAAAUACCUAUUUUAUCCCUAACUUAUUAUGCCAAUUCCUUAAGUUAUCCUUUUUCUCUCCCAAAGCCCCAACUUGAUCGCCGGCUCCUUCGCCUCCAUCUUGCCGGCUCCUGUUGCCGGCGAGGCGGAAGCGGCGGCGCCUCCUGAGCACGGAGAGCGGGUUCUUCGCCCUCGCCAAGGCCUUCGCCGCAGGCGUCACCCUCGCCACGGGCUUCGUCCACAUGCUCCACGACGUCGAGGCCGCGCUCACUAACCCCUGCCUCCUCCGCUUCCCCUGGCGCUGCUUCCCCUUCUCCGUCUUCGUCGCCAUGGCCGCCGCCCUCGCCACCCUCGUCCUCGACUUCCUUGCCACCCAAUUCUACGAGCGCAAGCACCGCGCCGCCGCCGACGCCGAGACCGACGCCACGGCAGAAGACGACGAGGGGCGCUCCAUCACCACGGCGGCGCUGGAGCCACCCGUGGACGAGGACGAGGGCUCCGCCAAGGGCGGCGACGCGGUGGACAUCAUCAGGAUUCGCGCGCACGUGGCGGCGCACGGCCACAGCCACCACCACCACGGAUUAAAUAAAUAUAUUUAAUCUAUU